AUGGAGCCUCUAGGUUUCGGAGGCGUCAAGCGGUCCUGGGAAACCGCGGACCAGUGGAUCGGAUCUAACAAGAAUGUGACCGCAGAAAACGCCGGUCCUCUCAAGAAGGCUUGCAUCUCCAGGUUGUCAAGCUCCUCAGCGUUCGCCGCUCCUGGAGCUGCUAGUUUUGGCGGAUCGGUUGCUUCAUCUUCGCCGCAAACGAUUGGAUCCGGAGACGCAACAUUUUCCAAGUCGACAUUCGGGAGUACAUAUUUCACCCCGCUCACCUACGAUACAAGUUUCUCGCAACCACAACUUUCUGAUUCAUCAUGGCAAAUACCGAUUCCAGUAGACCAGUAUCCCUUCGGGGCACAAGGAACAAUGCAGAUAUAUGAGGAAUUUCAUUGCUCCAGUCGACUGGAGAAUCACUACACCAAUGAGCCAGGUCUCAACUUCGCACCGUUAGACGUACUGCCGGGACAGGAUAGUUGGGCAUCUUCUCAGUUUUCAGAAUAUGGUCCGCAAACCUUCCCUAUAACUCUAAACCAAACUACCAUCACACCAACUCAAGGAGCCUAUGAUGCCAACUUAAACGAUGAUCGAGUUAUGUAUUCCGAUAGCGCCAGUAUUUUCCACGAUGGAGAUGGAAUGCGACUAGGUGAUGAACAUCAAGAUGGGAUAUCCUCUGCGACCCCGCAUUCUACACCCCGGAGUAUAGCAGAGGGAGACGUAGCUACCCCAGCUACCAGCAACAAAACCCCCAAUAGGCCGUUAUAUGACUGUUGCUUUGGCGUGCUUCUAUUAGAGGAGGUCCAGGUACGAGAAGACCUCGUUAAGAAAAAUGGCAGCAAUCCUAUAAUCCUUGCAGUGAAUGGAAGCAUGGUGACAAUCAAAGAUAUAGAAUCAAAAUAUGCGGGCCUUCUCGGUAAGGGCGCAUCCCGGGUCGUGUCAGGUUUAAUUAGGGAUCACAAUGUAGAGCUCUCGGCAUCGAUAAGGGCACCCAAGAGGAUUGAAGUGAUUGUGUACGGCCGACGCGAACAAGGUGAACCCAUCGGCGACAUGCUUUCGGAGCAGGGUUACUUCCUCCAACAGCCAGAUUCAUACGACGCCUCACGGCCAUACUACAAUCCCCAGUAUCUCUUCGAUCCAGACGAAGACAUGGUAUUUGAAGAAUAUACAGAAGCACCCAUGGUUCGAGGUACAGCGUUUUACGAAGAUAAGAAAAGCAAGGUCGCCGAGCUAUUUGAUUCCGCGACUGGGCCCACCGAGUUUACAAGAGUCCCUAUUUCUGAUAUUCUCAUUACUAAACUCAAAGAGUAUCAAACCAAAGCUCUCUCUAUGAUGGUAGAGAAGGAGUUGGGAAUUAUUCGUGACGCGAAAUUCCCCUCUGUAUGGGUUGAAGACUCGGCCGCAGAAUCACAUCUUAGAUAUUACAACACGGUGAUCCAAAACUUCGCAGCCCGAAAGCCGCAGUUAUGCCUCGGUGGUCUCCUUGCGGAUGAAAUGGGUCUUGGCAAAACAUUGACAACUUUGGCCCUUAUCGCAACAUCCGUAAACAAGACAGAGGGACGUCGUCGAGGCGUUUGUGGGACGCUGAUAGUGUGCCCUUUGACAACUUUGACGUGCUGGCAAGAUCAGAUAAAAAGACACUUCAAAAGAGGAACUCUUACCUAUAGGGUAUAUCAUGGCCUAGCACGGGAUAACGAUGCUGAUUCAUUGAGAACAGCCGACAUAGUCCUUACUACAUAUGACACACUAAAAUCUAGACUGACGAAAAAGAAAUCAGCGCAGGCGGGAUUAGAAAGCGCUGCGCGAGUGAGCCUCCACGACAUGAAUUGGAAUCGCGUCGUCCUCGAUGAAGCGCACCAGAUCAGGAAUCGUAAUUCUAAGGCUUUUGAAGCAGCCAACGCGCUUAAAGCUAAGCAUCGUUGGUGUUUGACUGGUACGCCAAUUCAGAACCGCUUAGAGGACCUAGGUGCUUUAGUCGAAUUUCUGAGAGUCGGCCCAUUUGAUAAUCCUAGUGUUUUCAAAAACACAUUCUUGACCCCUAUUCAUAGUGGGCAGCAACGGUCGUGGGAACGACUUAGGCUGUUGGUCCAAUCCAUCUCUCUUCGCCGGACGAAGAAGGCCCUUAACGCCGAGCUCAAACUCCCGCCUCGGCAUGAAAUUAUUCAACCGGUUAGUUUGAACCGCGAGGAAAAGUUCCUUUAUGAUUCACUUAAGAGGCAUUUUACGCUGGCUUUUGACUUAGGAGGAUCAGUCAUGAACGCAUUUCAAUUUAUUCUCCGACUUCGCCAGGUCUGUAAUCACGGCAGGGACUUGCUUCCGCAGAGCCUUCGGUCCUGGCUCGAUCAGGCUUCCGCAUGUGAAGGCGUUAUGCUUCCUAGGUGCGAAGCAUGUGACAUAAUACUUGAUGAAGGAAACAAUUCAUCGGAUAAUCUUUUAUCUUGCUUCCAUCAAAUCUGUCAGGCAUGUCUCCAAACCGACAAAGUCACUUGCAACAGUACUGGUUUCUGCCCGUUGUGUAAUCCUGAUAUUACUGAAAAGGAAGAAACAGCAGAUGUGGGGUUGAUUACUGUGAAUUCCGAAGACACAUUAAGAAACUAUCGCCCUUCUUCCAAAGUAGACGCUUUGCUCCAAAACUUACACAACGACCGCGAGACUGAAAUUGGGUCUGGUCUGUCGCCAAUGAAGAGCGUUGUGUUCUCAUCGUGGACUAGCAUGUUAGUUCUCAUUGGUAAAGCACUGACUGCGAAAAAUUUCAUAUACCAAAGGCUCGAUGGUAGCAUGAGUCUGACGCAGAGGCAGCGUGCGCUCGAAGAAUUUCGCACGAAACCAGACUGCACAAUAUUACUAGCAUCACUCGGAAGCGCCGCAGUUGGUCUUGACCUUACUGUGGCUACCCGUGUACAUCUAAUGGAGCCUGGGUGGAAUCCCUUGUUAGAACAGCAGGCUAUGGAUCGUGUACACCGCUUAGGACAGGAAAGAGAGGUUCUUGCUACGCGCUAUAUUGUAUCUGGCCCGGAUUCAAUUGAGGAGUAUAUUCAACAACGACAAGAGUGGAAGAUGGACCUUAUAGCAUCGUCCCUCAACGAACCUAAGGCUCGCCACAAUGAGUUAGAUUCUAUGCUAAAGGAUAUGAGACGUACAAUAUGUGCUAAGGAUAAAUGA